AUGGCGAGAACUUCGCACGUAUCACCAAAUAUGCUGAUUCUUUUUCUUUGCUCUAGUUUUUCACUAGUUCAUUUGACAGGAGCAAGUACGACAGUUUACUUCGCUGGUAUGUUUCCAUCCUGGCCAAACAAAGCAAGAGUUCCGGGGUUUGUGUUGGAAGCUGGAACAAGACUUGCCUUAGAUCACAUCAAUAAUGAUUCAUCAAUUCUGCCUGGUUACACACUAGAUAUGGUCACAGGAGACAGUAAGGUCAGAUACUUACUUGAAACGUAAAUAAUACUUUAUAUAGACACUAUGUCAGUCGAUUUCUGUUAAUAACCUUGUCGAGUUUUAUUAACCUUACGGGCUUAUAUAAUUAUAACAUUAAUUAAUAUUAAUUAUAACGAUUAUUAAUAUAGGUAAGUUAUAUAUUAUCAUAUAUAUGUUGACAAAUGUGAUACCGUUGGAUGUCAUGAAUGUUGUGCUUUCAAUCCAUCAUGUUUGACUGCAGACUACCUCGUUUUUGAAUAAUACAUUACUGCAUGUUUAGUGACUUUAUCAUUUUUAGCUUCCAAAAAUUAAUAAGGAUGAAUUCUCUUCGUCAAUUAGUUAUAAUGAAGUCUUAUCUUUUUUUCACAUGGAUGUUUAUAUAUUAUUAGCAAAAAACAUUCACACAACAUAUGGAUAUUAAGAUACAUUUUCUGAAUCUGAGAUACCAAACACAAAGUGUUGUUUAUUAUAAUUACUAUUUUCACUUUCGUAAUCGAAAGCUUUAAAGUAGAGUAGUUUGGAAUGAUAACAAUGAAUGGAAUGUGUUUUAUAACUGUUUCGUCAUAGUUUAUAAUUUUGUAACAGCACGAGAUGUCCCUCCCCGACGUGUACUGAAUCUUUCCCAUCGAGACGAUCAACCAUGAUGUUUUAUCUGUAGCUCCUGGGUUUCUCAAUACACAUCAAUCUCUAUUUUUAUAAAUGGAUGUGAAUAAGUAACUGUUACAAUAAUAUAUAGAACAAAGCUUUAAUAUUACAUUCCUAAGUCGGGUUUCAAUCUUCAUAAUCAAGAAUAAAGGGAUAUAACAAUAGAUCUCAAACUCAUUAAUAAUUCCAUGAAUUAAUAAUUCCCAUAAAUUAGCCCUCCUUAUUACUUUAUUUUGCUCACAUGAUAAUACUGGAUACCUUGUUUGAAAUAUUACAACAAAAAUCCAGUUUCUUUUAUUUUGAAACUCGUGUAGCCAUUUUCAUGUCUUGCUCAACCAUGAAAUAUUAUGUAAUUAACGGUUUUAGUGCCAAUGGCAGUACAGAAUUCCAUCCCUAUAUAAUAUAUUAUAAAAGUUUUAUAUAUAAUAAAUUAUAAAAGUGAUACUGGGUGAUAACAAUUAUUAGAUGCUUAAGGUGUUGACAGUCAAUUUGAAACAACAGUUUAUUAAUUUGGAUUGACCAACGGAAAAAUAAUGAAAGAACUAAGCGGCAAUAUUUGAGAAAACUUCUUUCAAAUAAGAUAAUUGCUGUUCAUUGUCAUAGCAUAAGUUCUUUCAAAUUUGGCAAUUACUUUCUAUUGCUAUAGUAUACCGUUAACAUUCCCCAUAUAAAAUUUGGUAUUUUGCUGCUAAACUACACUCCUACCCCUUGUCCUUACUGAAUCGUAACCAUUGGCAUUACCCUAUAUAUAUUUUCACAUUGAAGAAUUCAUGAAUUAAAGUUCUUUAUGGAACAUUGGUACGUGUUUUUUUUUUUUUUUUUUGGGGGGGGGGGGGGCGCAGGGAACAUCCUCCCUGCCCUUUCUUAAGGGGGUGUAAUGGUGUCCUUUUGAUUUUAGGGAAGUCUUUGAAAUGUUUUAAACAAUCAUUAAAAAAUCAUAACAUGUUCGCUGCAUGAGCCCAAAAUUGCGAAUCAAACUACGUUCGCUUAAACAUUGAAAUUAUAACAUACUCGUUACAUUUCUUUUCGCGAGCUUGUAGGAGAAAGUGUAGAAUUAUUUCAAUCUUUAUAAUGACUUGUCCAUAUCAACGUUGCCUCGUUUGUAUCUUUCCAUUGAUUUGUAGUGUGAUCCUAAAGUAUCCUUUAAUUCCUUGGUGACUCUACUUGCUCAACCUCCUAGCAUCUUGGCAGUAUAUGGUGCUGCAUGUUCUGACGCAACUCAAACAUUGGCUGGGAUGACAGCCUUUGCCAAUGUUGCUCAGGUGAGAAGACUUUACAGUCAGUAACUGAAUGAGGUCCACCAUACCAGCAGUAUCUUGAUGCCUGCAUGGGACCAACGGAAAGUACAAGACAAGAUCACUCUGUUAUCAUCAUAAAAUGUGUGACUCGCAAAUGAAUUAUUAGAUUAUUCGUCUUUAUUUAAACAAUAUACAUGACCAUGCUCUUACUAGAAAAAUUUACUUUACCAAAUCAAAAUGUCUCUGCGUGCAUGAUCGGAAAAUGUAUUCGCUGAAUAUAAUAGCAAAGAGGUUGUUAAUUAUAUGGGGGAUUGAAUUUCAUUUUGUGCAAAUUACGGUUUUGAGGUUGUCUUUCUAUAGUAUGCGCUAAAAUGUAUUACAUCUGAAAUAGAAUCAUUUUCUGAUAAAAGUAUGUUUCCCUUCAGAUAUCCCAUACAUCCACCAGCCUGAGUUUAUCCGAUGCCGCUCAGUAUCCAUCACUAUACCGCGCUAUCCCAACUGACUUUCCUGCUAUUCAAGCAAGUAUAGCAUUGUUGAAAAUGUUGAAUUGGUCAAGAGUGGCAAUCAUUGGAGAAAAAUCUGCUUCUGGACUGGUAUGUAUGUCACGUGGCAUGAAUAAUAUCAGCGUAUUUUUCGGUUUCAAUCACGUGAUAUUUUAGCAUAAUUUGACUCUGGUGGGGGUCAACCAUUGAACUGAGGUCAACUGUAACAAAAUAGAAACAAAAUGAUGUAAACGAGUUCUCCAACUAAUAUAAAAGUCAAUUUAAAACAAUAUAAAUAGUAUAAAAUCCGUCUUUUAACCUUGACACAAACCCUCGACCCCCACGUGACGUCAUAUGAAAUCCAAGAAUACGGGCGAGGAAUAAUUCUGUGAACUGUGUUGUAAGAACCUCGUAAUGAAGAAGAAAUAAGAAUAGCAUUGCUCUCAGAAUGAAACAUAAGAGAAGAUUGCUCUGAAAUUAAAAUGCUGUGUCCAGCCAAUUUUUGAUAGUUUCCUCCGCCUGUUUAUUAUCAAUAUGUAUAUGCAUAUGAUGGUAUUGAAGAGUUAUUGGUUACAUACACCAGAGUAAGAAUUGCAACACAUCGUAUUGUGUAUAGACUGACCUUAAUGAUGGUGUGUAGAAUAUUGCAAACAUAGCUCUUUCAGUUGGUCUUCACUAAGUCCACUGAUUAUGUUUGGAUGUGGUUACUGAUGAAAUAGCGCUAUUUCUGCUUUCUGUUUCAGUUGGAAACUGCUUACGAAGUGGCUGUAAGGGAUAUGGCAAGAAAUGGAAUUGAUAUUCAAUGGAAUAAAGUAAUAAAUGCUGACCAGAUUGAACAGAGUAUUGCUGAAAUUAAGGUACUUUUUCGUACUAGUUUCAUAUUAUUCUGACACUGCACAGAACAAGGAAAAAUUCGUUUUCUCGAGCAGUAUUCAAACUCACAUCGUCGGAUUUCUAGACCGCCGCUCUACCCAUUGAGCUAUCGAGUCAACGGGAAAUCCCGGACGAGACAACGAAGUUUUCGUUGUUUUAUAUAUGCAGUGUUGGAAUGGAAUGAUAUGAACCCAUAUGUUCCCGAGGUUCGAUACUUUUCACCCCUCUUUAAUUUACUCCUUGCUAAACCUGUCACAUGAAACUAAAUAAGAUAAGAGGAUUUAUUUCCAUAAGCAGGAUGUCUGUUACAUGCAUUCACAGAUUCACUCUACAGCAAUGUUUCAAGGCCCCGACCUCCAUAUCGAAAAAUUCAUCAUACAGUAAAUCUCUUACUUAGUGAAAUAAAGAAUAUACUUUGUUCACUUAAUAAGAAUUUUUAGUCAAAACUUCUUUGAUUUUUUUCUUCAUUUCAGGAUAACGAUGUUCGUAUUAUUAUUACAGCUGUUAGUUCAGCAUUUGGAAAAAAUUUGAUGGCUCAGGUAUAGAAAAUCAGUUGCUUUGCGUUAAAGUUGUAUAAAUAAAUCGAAUCAGAGAGAUCGAAAAUACAUCGAAACGAGUGAACGCCUAAAAUUUUGGUUGGCGCAUGAUUUAUGGCUUAGGUGGAUGGUAUUUAACAACGCUAAUGCAGAGGGGUGGUAAUGAUGAGUCCACAGAUCAUACCACUGACUUUUUCUUGUUUUAACAUGCGUCCAAACCAUAAAUCGACCAAAUAAAAUCGCGUUGUAUAGUGGCUCGAGCUGUUACUCGUGAGGGGAAAAUAAUCAAUUUUAACCAAAUCGUUUAGGCCAGAGACGUCCAGGUAUAGAGGUUUUCCAUGGUUUAUUAAGUAGUUUUGUUGAGUCGUUAAAGAAAAUUUAGUAAAUGUUUCUUCACCACCAAAAUCCCAACACUCCAUUUUGUAACUAACCAAGAGUUCGUUUGUCUACGUCGUUCCUUGUAUCAUAUUAUUUCCUUGCAUGAAAUUAAAAUCGCCAAUUGUUUCAAUUUUCCCAGGAUCACUGAGCAAUUCAGAAGCCCGUAAAUUUUGGUGAUCCCAGUAUGCAACACGAUAACAGUAACAAUAUUGGUAACUCCAUCUGCAUGUACACAACCCUCAAUCCACACAUAUGUAAUCGUGCAUGGUCUGUUCAGGCUUACGUUUCUUCAUUGGUGGCCACAGGAUGAUGUGCAUUCAUCAUUUAGAUUUUAGACAACAUUUAACCCACACAUGUAAUCGUGUUAUUUUUUAUUGAAGAAGCAACUUUCGAAAGGUUGCGAGCAAGAAAAAAACAACUGGUUUAAGACUAGAUAAAUUCGAGAAAAACAGUUACACUAAAACCGACAAAUAUUUCAUGUUCUGUUUAGGCUUACGUUGCUGGAUUGUACGGUCCUGACAAAGUUUGGAUUUGGCUAGAAACGUAUCCAGCAACAUGGUGGCACGAUACAAACGCGACUCAACAUGAAAUCAUGAAAACUGUUGUUCGAUAUUCUUUUGGUUUUGGUGAUAAUGUAAAUGUUCACGACAAUACAACUAACACUAUUUCAGGACGUGUGAGUAUUAUAUGCACUUUGUUUAAUUAAUAUAACCCUCAUCAUACAUACAGGAUCAGACAACUUCUACAGCUCGCCAUACAUACAGGAUCAGACAACUUCUACAAGCAAAGCAAACAAAUUAAUACCAAUACUUCAUGCAAACAUAGGCGUACGGGACUGAUGGUUUACGGGAGGACAGUUUAUCCUGAGCCUUUACAGUUCAUAGAAGGAAAGGAAAAUCAUUACUUAUCAAACUUCAUGUGAAAAUCUGCAGAUAAAAAUGCAACAGAAAUCCAAAUCUUUAGUGUCGGGUUGUUGUGCAUGCGAGAAGCGUCCUGUUUUGAUUCAAGACAAAAGAAAACUUGUAUGCUCUCUGCUGUAGAAAUGAAGAGAUUAACAUUAAAGCCUAACCUAGCUGUUCUGGAAUCAAGGCUUGCUCAACUCUGACAUGCAUCUUGACAUUUGAGAUGUGUUCAAAUAAACAUAAAACGCCUGGAUGUAUAUCGCAUUUGGAACGCGCCAACAUGAUUCUUCCUAUUCGUCUUUGUUUCAAACCAUUUGCAACAUAAAUGCUAUAAGGAGAUUAAAUAAAGUAGUACAAUCUGUGCCAGUGUAGGUAGACUAGGUAGUGCACGUGUACCAAUAAUAAGAAAGCUUCAGAUUGACAGGGAUACAACUACAUGAAAAAUACAAGGAGAACUUCGACGUUUCGAGCCCCUUCAAGGCCUUUCGUCGGGACGUUUUAAGUAUAGUACAUAAUUUUAGCAUUUAAUUGUUUAAACAUGUAUCAAUCGAAUUUAAUUAUUUUGACAAAUUAGACUUAAUUUGAAAUUUCUAAUCAACAGACCCCGCUCGAAAUUUGGAUAGAAUAUCUUCAAAGACUAAACAUGCCAUUCAUUCCUUCACUUGCCUCGUAUUCUUACGAUGGAGCUUGGUUCCUUGCGAAAGCUCUUGAUCAUGUCGUGAGAAAUCAUGGAGUGAAACUGGAAAAUAUCCAAACUGGAAAUGAAACAUUUUAUGAACUUCUUAUUUCAAGUUUAAGUUCUGUCACUUUCACUGGGCUUACGGUACGUAUAUAAAGAUUUUACUGUACAUCAUUCAUUAUGACGGCAAUAGUCUACUAGUGCUGAACAAGUAUAUAAAACCUGCAUUAUUACUGUACACGCGUUCGUCAUCUUUGCAAUAUAUAUUGUUUUAGGGUUUAUUUAAGAUAUACAGCAAAGAUUAUAGAGAACGACUGGAUGGACCUGCGCAUAUCUUUCAAUAUGAUCAAGGUUAAUUUAAUUGUACUUUUAUUAACAAAGCUAAUAAUAUACAGGGUGUCCCAAAAAAAGUGACACUAUAGAAAUUAUCUCAUUGUUCUUAAGCCGCUCUUAAACGCGCGUGAUUACACGCCUGGGAAUUUAAUGAACUUGUAUUUACAUUUCGCUUUGUCCAAAUAUUUUAACGCCCGAGUCAAGCAAAACGAUUACACUAAUAAACGGUUUGCUUUUUUAUUUUAAAUUCCAGAAGCAGAAGUUUAUGCACCUCUGGGAUCAACUUAGUGCUAGGGCAUUCAAAUUAUAACAAUAGGAUAAUUUCUAUAGUGUCACUUUUUUUUGGGACACCCUGUAUAUAUAAUGAUAGCAUAAUUUGAAAUGGCCUCCAGCCUUUCCUUACAUCUUUUUAACACGUGUAUUAACAUUAUUCAUUAUAGCAUGUAAAUUCAGUGGCGGUCAUUAAUUAAAUUAGCUAAAUUUCUUUGUACAUUGAUUCCCUAUUCUUUUACAUGUCGGAGCAUCUCUCCUAACGUGAAACAGCAUAACUAUUUGGAGAUAUGUUAGCCUCCUCCACAGGCGUGGAGUCAGUUAGCCUGCGAAUUCCCUGGAGAUGCCUGUGGAGGAGGCAUAGAGAUAUGUUUUUCUUCGUCUAAUAAUAUACAUGAAAAAAUUUCUUAAUUCUGAUUGGCUAAGAGCAGAGCAAUUUUUUCGAAAUACAGUGCCAAGAAAAGAAAUACAGUGCAAAUUUCCUAAUUUUCUUAAUUUUUUAAUUUUUUAUUUUUCAAAUUUCUUAAUUUUCUUAAUUUCUAAAUGUGACUUACGCACGUGACUGCAUAAUUUUUUCAUGUAUGUUAUUAAUAAGUAAUAGCAUGGUUUCUUGUGCAAUUUGAAAAAACAUAUACACUCGUGAGUUUUUCAAAGACUUCAAAUUGCACUCGUCCUUCGGACUCGUGCAUGUUUUUUUCCAAAUUGAAACUCGAAACCAUACUAUUAUUACUUAUAUAAAUUAGCUUUCAGUUUCAAAACACUUUUUGAAACUGAAAUUACCGUUUACCGUUCUGUGUGACAACUGAACGAAUUGUUUCUUACAGUAUUUAUUGGCAAAUAGUUCCUUGUCUCGAAAGUUGUUUACAAGUCAUAGAAUUUUGUGAAAGUUAUAUAUAAUUAAGCUCCUACCUAUACAUGAUCUGUCAUGGUGUUCUACCUUACAGUAAAUAGCUAUUUUAUUCUAGAUGGCAAUGCUGUUGAAGUAAUUACGUAUGAUGUUUUGAAUAAUGUCACAACUAUCAAAGUUGGGCAUGGACAUUUAUGGAGAGGUUUGUUCACUUGAUGUUCUUUAAGCUUUAAUUUUACCAGAGUGAUGCGAUAUAUUCUACGAAGUUGUAAAUUUCUGCCUUGUAUAUAUAUAUAUAGGCUGAUAUUAGAAAAAAUAUUUGAUCCAUAGUACGGGAAGUGACGACAAAACUGUCUCGAACGUAAUUUACACACACGACGACAACGGUAAUAACAAUUGGACCGCCGAUUCUCAACAAAAAAAGAGAAUUAAAACUGUUUUUGUGGCGAGACUGACUGCUUUUUCGUCCCGGCCACGUUCUAGAUUAAGGACACUUUAGCGAAGACUUUGUCGUUGGGGGAGGGAGGGGAGAUGUAAGCGUCCAAAUUACCUGCUUUUUGAAUUAUGGGUUUACGUUGCCUAAAAGCAGUGUUUUAUAUUUAAUGUGGUUUUCUCAUGAGUACAUUAGCAAGUCUUAUAAUUUACUUGAAAAUGAGCUUUAGUCACCUAGAAAUUUACCUGAAAUUACUCAUGAAUAAAUAUUGCGUGGGGGUGUCGCACCCCAUGCCCACACCCAGGUCACAAUGGCCCUGACUCUUACUGUGCUUUCACUAAUAUAUUCUGUAUAAUACUUUCACUAAUUCCCACGGGGUAUUAACUAUAUAUUACCAGAGCGCCAUAAAACAGGCCGUGUUUUACAGCACCCUAUACUAUUAAUUACUCACUGUACCAAACUCAAUGCAUGUUGUAUGGGGUUUACCUACAUCAGCUACAUGUACAUACGUGUUCAAGAUCAUGUCUCAGUCUUUAGAUCUCUUUUAUAAUAGCCAACAUACAAAUUGUUUCAUUUGAUAUCCAUUAAUUCCAAACAUUUUUAAAGUAUCCUUUCAAUCGCCCUUCUCAGACGAUCAAGCUAUUCCAACUGAUAGAGGAGCAAUGAGUACGACAGUUUACUUUGCUGGUAUGUUUCCAUCUUUGCCAAACAAAGCAAGAGUUCCUGGGUUUGUGUUGGAAGCUGGAACAAGACUUGCCUUAGAUUACAUCAAUAAUGAUUCAUCAAUUCUGCCUGGUUACACACUAGAUAUGGUCACAGGAGACAGUAAGGUCAGAUAUUUUUGAGAAGUUUAGUGCAUGGGCUGCUGAAAUGAGUGCAUGCAUGGUCGUAGCGUGACCGUCAAAAGAUUCCAUCGUUCUUUAAUAUUACUGCUAUAGGCCUGUUCUAAACGUCGCAUUUUACAUGCGCCGAAUGCAUUCAAAACAACAGAUAAUCAGCUGAAAUGCCUCAUUAGCCAUUGUUUUGAAUGCAUUCGGCGCAUGUAAAAUGCAACGUUUAGAACAGGCUAUAGUCAUGCCAAUCAGCCAAUGUACAGUAAGAAAGUAGAGCAAAAACUUUCCCCUAUUCAUUCAAAUAAGGCAAAUAAUUUUUCAUCGCCAUAUUCGCGUUUCGUUUCGAUUCCCAAUUCAAAUGAGUUCAUGAAACACAUAUUAUAAUAAUCUAUACGUUGACUUGUUGUAUCUUUGCAUUGAUUUGUAGUGUGAUCCUAAAGUAUCCUUUAAUUCCUUGGUGACUCUACUUGCUCAACCUCCUAGCAUCUUGGCAGUAUAUGGUGCUGCAUGUUCUGACGCAACUCAAACAUUGGCUGGGAUGACAGCCUUCGCCAAUGUUGCUCAGGUGAGAAGACUUUAACUACACCGAGGAUAAAGAAGAAGACAACCAUUACUCAUUCCGUUAUUUCUAUAAAGUCCGGUGUUAAUUGCUAUAUAAAGAUCAUUAUGAUAAAAUUGACUCUGUUAAGGUACUGCUGGUUUUCCUUCAAUCUCGAUUCAAUGGCUCUUUGUACGAGAUUGGUUUUCCUUCGUCUUUCUCAUGUAAAUUCUUCUUUCCGCAAUUCUAUCAAUUCAUUUCGUGGCAAUAAAAUUAACAAUAAUGAACACUUUUUGACGUUUUCUGUUCUAACGAACUGUACAUGCAACUUUCAUUUUAUCACUUUGCUAGCUACAUAUAGUGGCAUACCUAUGAAAUAUGUCAACCGUGGAACGUUGUCAGAUAAUGAUGAACCCAGCAGCCCAAGAUACAAUGGAGCUCAUGAGAAAAACCCAGCACUGCGUUUCAACAUAAAGUUGACUGAAGCGAGAUUUGAACUCGCAUAUUCAACCAGAACCGGGCUGACAACUCUCUACCAAUUGAGCUAUCGAGUCAACUGGGGAGAGCACAGGUUCAAAUCCAUAUUUAAGCACACAAGAUAUUCUCGCGACUUAGUCAACUUAAAACAUUUGCAACACAGUGUUGGACUUUGUAUCAUGAUGUUUUCCUGAUGAUAUGACUCUGAAGUCUGAAAUAGAAUCCAACAGCCAAGGUUGCUCGGGUUUAAAUCUUAUUCACUCCAGAUUAUAUAUAGUUUUGAGCUCAUCUUUUAUAGCAUGCGUCAAAUGAUUGAAAGUGAAAUAGAUUCUGUUCCCCUUCAGGUAUCCCAUACAUCCACCAGCCUGAGUUUAUCCGAUGCCGCUCAUUAUCCAUCACUAUACCGAGCUAUCCCAACAGACUUUCCUGCUAUUCAAGCAAGUAUAGCAUUGUUGAAAAUGUUGAAAUGGUCAAGAGUGGCAAUCAUUGGAGAAAAAUCUGCUUCUGGAUUGGUAUGUAUAAUUACUAUCUAUGGGAAGCUAUACCAUCUCUUGGUUAAAAAUCCAAAACCUGAGUCAUUUUUAGGUCGUCAUCCUAAACCAUCAUAA